GUAACAUUCAAGAUUUCUGAAGAAGAUUCACUUAUGGAAAAUAUAUUAAUCUGAAAAUUAUUAGAGAGGGAAUAAACAAAAUUUAACGACGCCAUCUAUCCAAUGAUAUGAUAUAUUAUAUAAUACUACUAAAUAGUAGCUAGUAGAUGGCAUCGCGUUGUAUCAUUUCUCUAAUAGAACAUUUAUAUACAAUAACCAAAAUGCCAGAAACAACGGAAGAAGAUAUGGGGAUGUCUGUUCGUUUAACGAAUGAUGAUUUCCGGAAACUAUUGAUGACACCAAGAGCAUCUGUUCCAUCUGCUACUCCAGCUUCUGUGCCUGGAACUGCUCGAGAUGCUAAUGCAAAAACUGCACAAACACCAAAUAUCAGUGGUGGCAGUCGUGCAGAAUUACGAAGAAAAAAGAAAAGUUUUUAUGCCAAAUUAAAAAAACAGGAAGAAGAUAAAAUGGCAGAAUUAGCAGAGAAAUAUAGAGAUAGAGCUAGAGAACGUAGGGAUGGUACAAAUCAAGAUUAUCAAGCAGAAGAUCCAAUGAAUAGUGCCAGUGCAUAUCGUGCAGUUGCACCAGAUUUGAAAUCAGGAAUGGAUGCAGCUGAACGUAGAAGACAAAUGAUUCAACAAUCAAAAUUCUUAGGUGGUGACAUGGAACACACUCAUUUAGUAAAAGGAUUGGAUUAUGCUCUUCUUCAAAAAGUACGUAGUGAAAUAGAAGCAAAAGAACAUGAACAGGAACAAGAAAUGGAAAAAUUGGUUAAGCCAAAGGAUAAAAAAGAUAAAAAAGAAGGAGAAAAGAAAGAUGAUGAGAUGCAGUUUAAAACUAAGAUAGGACGUAAUAUUUAUAGAACAAUUAUAACCAUGAAAUCUAAACAAAUUGAAAGAAAUGAAUUAUUUACUCCUGGCCGCAUGGCUUAUGUAAUUGAAUUAGAUGACGAAAAUACAGAUGUAGAUAUACCGACUACUCUCAUUAGAAGCAAGGCAGAUGUACCCACUAUAGAUAAUACUCCUACUUUAACAACAAAUGAUAUCGUAAUAAACAAACUGGCACAAAUUUUAUCUUAUCUCCGUCAAGGUAAUCGUCAUGGUAAAAAAGGAAAGAAGUAUAAAGAUGGUAGAUCAAGACCUGACGAUAUGAAUGACAUGGAUAUUGCUCCAAGACCGCAAGACGAAAGUAUCUAUGGAGAUAUUGGUGAUUAUGUUCCAACGAUUAGUAAGAAAGAUCCAAAUCAACCGCGGGAAAAGAAAAAAGGUUCUUAUUUUGAUAAACCAGAGAAUGGUUUGGAUACGGAUGAUAAAGCAAAUACUCCUCAAUUGCCAAAUAUUGCAUCUUCCAAUUCAGAUAAUAAUGCACCAAAAAAAGGUGCACUCCUUAAUAAAUUAGCUGCUGAACCAGAAGGAUAUGCAGAAUGUUAUCCAGGCUUGGAUGAGAUGCAAGAUGCUAUAGAUGAUUCGGAUGAUGAAGUAGAUUACACCAAAAUGGAUCUUGGUAACAAAAAGGGUCCUAUUGGCAGAUGGGAUUUUGAUACACCUGAAGAAUAUAGUGAAUAUAUGAAUAAUAAAGAAGCCUUACCAAAAGCAGCAUUUCAAUAUGGUGUAAAAAUGGCUGAUGGAAGAAGAACAAGAAAAUAUAAUAAAGAAAAAAAUGAAAAAGCUGAAUUAGAUAGAGAAUGGCAGAAAAUUCAGAAUAUUAUGAAUAAAAGAAAACCCACGACAGUAUUGGAUGGUGCAUCAGAAUUCAAAGUUCCAAGAUAUUAAAUAUUCGAUCUGUAUAAAUUUGUUUUCCUAAUUAAUUUUAUUUCGUUAAAAUAAUAAUAUUAUAUGUAUGUAUAGUAUAUAAUAGUAUAUAAUCGAUCUCGUUCGUGAUUAAAACAUGUACAAGAUCAGGGAUAUAAUAAAAGACUGUACAAUA